GUUCUUUCGAGUUGCACUGUCAGUCCAAACAUUGAGAAAGUGUCGAGAAAUUUGCUCUACAAAUUAGAUACUCUUGCAGAUGAUAUCGCUAUAAGGAGUUGAUAAUCUUCUGCGCGAUUGGACGAAAUCAACAAUUCAGCUAAGUUACUUGGAGAAUCCAGUAGGUGCGCCCAAACCUUCGGAGCAGUUCAAAUCCACCGUAUGCACAUAUCCUGUACCCGCUCAAAUGGUUCUCAUCACUUACAAUGUGAAGCUGCGCUGAAGACCGUCUUAAUCCAGCUCUUUGGUCAAUUGUUAAAGUCUUCUGUAGUACCCGGUGUGAAGUCGCAGCUGAGAUUGUUGUGUGACUUAUCAAGUGAAGCUGCGCUGAAGAACAGUCUUAAUCCAGCUGUUUGGUGAACUACAGUCACCCUUGAAGUCUUUUGUAGUACCCGAUGUGAAGUUGCAACUCAAAAUAUCUCUGCGCACUUUUAUGCAAGGAACUGCAAAGGGACCUGUGUUAAUCAGUGAGCUUCCAGUUACGCUACUUUUGAUACUUACUUGCUUGAGCAAGCACGUUCGGUGUUCUUGGUCCGAGGAUUUUUACGAUUUUAUUCGUCAUCCGAAUCGACCUCGUACGAAUCCACAUGAUGGACAUGAAGGCGAAAGCAGCUCUGCAGCUCUUGAUCCUGAUAAUGCUGUUCAUGGGGACGCUCCACUCCCACAUCCACAUGGUCCAGGCUGUUCGCAGUCCACCUUCCGACUUUGAGGACCAGCCACCCACCGUAGUGUUUCCUCGCACCGCGAUCAUGAAUGAGAGAGGCAACCGUGAUGUUGAGGCUGGAUCGGAGGCUGCUGAUUUGCCACAACCUUUUCCUAUUCAUGUCCACGGGACUUCAUGGCGUAUCCAGAAAGGUGGAAUUCCAUCGAGUCCGAGCUCCAUGCAGCACGGAACCCUGCCCUGAACGUGGCAGUUCCAUGCUGCUGUCUCCCCUUUGGAUGUUUCCAUUGUGCUUGUGAUUUGCAGUCGUGAAGCAUGGUGUCUUGGACAGUACACGGUACGUCGAUGGACGAGUCAGUGAAAGUUUCCGUCGGGAUCUGCGUUACAGCCGAUUUGCAACAGCAAGCAUACUGCCCAGUUGGAUGUUCAAAUCUGCCGCCAAGCUCAAGGAUUACACGUCCGACGGGGCCUGGCUCGACGGACGGACGAGGCAUCCUCCAAGCUGCUAAGAAUGAGAUUUGUCAACUCCCGCCAGUACAAGCUGACAGGCCCAGUUGCAGCUGCAGACCAAGAUUGGAAGGGCUGCCUGCUGCUCAGCGUCUACAAGUCGGAAGACACGUUCAUUCGAUUCUCUAAUUCUGAUUCUCACCUGUACGGACCUAAUUCUAAUCGCGUUUCGUCCUGCAUGGAGUGGACAGGAUUGGAAGUCAUGAUCCAUGAUACUCACGUACAUGAUAGCAGUUGAAAUUAACUUUGUACGGAAGGACUUCGAUUGGUCAAGCCCUAAAGUCACACUCCUAUCCAUUCUGCUUUGCUGCUUACCUUCGACAUAAUGUCAAUUUUGUCUUGGCUUAGAAGCAGUGGAAGCAAGGGUGGGAGAGGCUUCCACAGUUUCAAUCGAUGCUGCUCUCUUGUUGUGCUGCUCUGAUGACCGCAUUGGGAGCUGUUCCAUUGUUCUUAGUUAGAUCUUCCCGGCAGCGAAUUAUCCUGCUUCUUUUACCUCUCUAGUUUUGCUGACAUCCAAGAAUCUACCAAACUCAGAUACACAAUACAUGACUCGCACUCCUAGGGUAUAAUUUGAGACGAGAUCACAACUGUCUUUCCAC